CGACUCGCGAGCAGAGCAACAGAAUGGUCGCCGCAGCCAAACGCAAAGCGAAAGCGCAAAAGGUGGAGGCCGCCGCAGCCGCAACCGCCGCGACCGUGCCCACCGAUACGAGUGCCCCCGCCGAAACCCCCGUCGAUCCCCGCGCAUGGGCGUCCGCCAACCCGCCGCUGUCACCUUGGAUGCUGGAUGGGCUCGCUGCCAUGGGCUUUGCGAGGAUGACGCCUGUCCAGGCGUCUGCUAUCCCGCUGUUCAUGGCGAAUAAAGACGUCGUCGUGGAGGCGGUCACUGGCAGUGGAAAGACGCUCGCGUUUUUAAUUCCCGUGGUCGAGAGGCUUCUAAGGGCCGUGGAGCAGCCGAAGAAGAAUCAGGUCGCUGCUAUCAUUGUUUCACCUACUAGGGAGUUGGCUGCACAGAUUCACACUGUUUUACUCUCGAUCCUCGCUUUCCAUGGACCUUCGGCGGCAUUGCUUGCACCCCCGUCCGAAGAUGUUACCAUGACAACGUCCGAGACUACCGCCGGCCCGCGGAUAAAACCAUUGCUACUGCUGGGCGGCAAUACCUCGCCGGCACAGGAUCUCCGGAACUUCUUGGAGCAAUCGCCGAACCUCCUCGUUGGCACUCCCGGGAGACUGAACGAGCUUCUUUCAUCGCAGCAUGUGCACUGCUCCAACGACACGUUCGAAGCGCUGGUGCUGGACGAGGCCGAUCGUCUGCUCGAUCUCGGCUUCAAGGAGACCCUCACCAAGAUCAUCUCCCGCCUGCCCAAGCAACGUCGAACCGGCCUCUUCAGCGCCUCCAUCAGCGACGCUGUGGUGGGCUCGCUGGUGCGCGCAGGUCUGCGCAACCCCGUAAAGGUAGUCGUCAAAGUACGCGGCGACCACGAGGAGAAGCGGACACCGGCCAGUCUAGACAUGUCGUACCAGCUCGCCACGCCGUCGCAGCGUCUCAUCUACAUCGGGCGGGUCCUCUCGCCCAGUGCGGCCAGCAUCUUCCCCUCCUCGCAGCUGCCGCUGAAGACAAUCGUCUACUUCUCCAACUGCGCCGCGGUCGACUACUACACUUCGCUGUUCCCCGCGGUCCUCCGCGACGCCGCGAGCACCUACUCCAUCGUCCCGCUGCACGGGAAGAUGAACGCCAGCAUGCGCACCCGCAACUUCAACAAAUACGUCAACUCCUCGUCGCCCUCGAUCCUGCUCACAACCGAUCUCGCCGCCCGCGGCCUCGACAUCCCCGAAGUCGACCUCGUCAUCCAGCUCGACGCCCCGACCGACCCAAAGGUAUUCCUGCACCGGUGCGGGCGUGCAGGGCGCGCCGGCCGCCGCGGCCUCGCCAUCCUGUUCCUCUCCCCCGGGCGCGAAGAGGGGUAUAUCGACUUCCUAGACGUGCGGAAGACGCCUGUAUCCCCGCUGCAGCUGCCCCCCACCCUCUCCGAGCCCCCAACAGACGAGGAAGUGGCCGCCACCGUCACCGCCAUGCGCGCAGUCGUGCUGAAGGACAGAGGCCUCUACGAGAAAGGGAUGAAGGCGUUCGUCUCCCACGUCCGCUCCCACAGCAAGCACCAGACCGCGAGCAUCUUCCGCGUCGCAGAUAUCGAGUGGAAAGACCUGGCGGAUGCCUACGCGCUCCUGCGCAUGCCCAGGAUGCCGGAGCUGAAGAAACUCGGCACCGACAGGAUCGAGCUCGGUGUGGACGUCGAUCUGCAAACCCUCGCCUUCAAAGACAAAUCCCGCGAAAAGCUCCGGCAAUCAGAGCUCGCGCAGCCCAAGCCGGUGUGGAAACCAUUGACACCCGAAGAGCUCGCGGCGAAAAAGAAAAAGCUCGAAGCGUGGAGCGCCAAGACGGAGAGCCACGACGCGAAGAUGGAGCGGCGCGAGCGCAAGCGGAAGCGUCGCGAGGCCGAGAGACAGGCGAAUAUGCCCGCGGACGAGAAGGCGAGGCAGGAGGAGUGGAUGGAACUGCUCGAGAAGGCGAAAAAACAGAGGUUGGAAAAGAAUAAACUUGAAGAAGGAGAGGAGGAGUUUUUUAAGGGCUUUGAUUGAUUGAUUAAUAAGAUUGGGGGGGAGAUGCGGGGGUGGGGCAAAAAGCUGGGAGUUCGGAGUUUUGAUUUCGAUUUUGGGUUUGAUUUGCGGGACUGGAACGCUGGCUGGAUAGAUGGAUGGGCUGUACUGUACAUACGAUCUACCUGGCAGUUUGGGUGGGCUUCACGUACCAAGAGAUGCAUACCUACCUUAUAUACGAAGAAGGC